AUGACUGUCGAUGCAAUUGAAAAUGGGUGGUUCGAGCCCCUGCCGUUGCAAAAAUACCAGGAUUUAGUGAUGAAAUCUAUCCCUGAAAAUCUUUCUGGCUGUCCUCCAGAUAAAACAGUGGGUAACCCUGCAGUGCAGGUGGCUUGCGGACCGAACCUGAGAUUAUUGGGUUGCCUUGAAAACGGCAAAACCAAUUACAGGGGAACUAUCUUGCUUGUUCUGCGCGACGCCACGGAGACUGAAAGGGUGGAGCCUUUUAUUGAGUAUUAUAUUGGGCCUGCUACCAAUUCUACUGGCUCUCCCCAGUUGAGCAAGGGUGAGUUUCCGGGAAUUUUAUUUCACCAGGAACAGGGUUUUAGCUUCUGGAGAUUUAGCAUGGAAUUGCAAUUGCAAGAUUAUGAACAGAAAGUGAAGUAUUCUGUCAAUGGCGAGUACAACGAGAACUUUCAAUUCUAUCUGCCUUCUGUCGAACAAUCCAUGAAUGUUAUGUCUUAUUCAUGUAACGGCUUUUCACUGAGUGUCAAAACUGCAAAAUUCAAGAGCUCCUUGUGGUACGAUGUUAUGCGCAGACACAAUGAGUUGCCAUAUCAUGUCAUGGUUGGAGGGGGUGAUCAAAUCUAUUGUGACUCUGUGAAGAAAUCCUCCAAACCUUUUGAAAAAUGGCUGAAACAUAAGAAACUGCAUUCUAACGACAAGCUCACUGAUGAUAUUGUUGACUCUCUGAAGAAUUAUUACCUGUCUAAUUACAUACAGUGGUUUGGUAAAGGGUAUUGGGAAGGAACGGCGGGUGCGACUUUGCAGUGCAUCUACCCUUUGGCCUUGCAACAAAUUCCUCAAAUUAACAUUUUUGACGACCAUGACAUCAUUGAUGGUUUUGGCUCUUACAGCCAUCGUACCAUGACUCAGGAUAUUUUCAAAGGCGUUGGUAACAUUGCAUUCCAAUAUUAUUUAUUAUUCCAGCAUCACACCUCUCCUAUAGAAGACUACAAGUCCGAACCUUCUUGGAUUGUGGGAGCUUCUGUUGGUCCUUACAUUAAACAGCUGUCCAGAUCUAUUUAUACAAGGUUAGGAAAAGAGAUGGCCCUAGUUGGAGUGGAUUGUAGAACGGAAAGAACGAAAAAACAAGUUGUUACAAGAGAAACCUAUGCUCGUGUGUUUGAGAGAUUAAGACAAGAAAUAACCGCAUCUAAAGGUGACAUCAAACACCUUCUUGUCUUGCUUGGUGUUCCGAUUUGCUACCCUAGAAUGGUGUGGAUCGAGUCCAUUUUGGGGUCUGCUGCUAUGGGUCCUAUCAAGUGGUUGGCCAGAAAAGGAAUAUUUGCCAAGGGCCUGGUCAACGAGUUUGACGGUAGUGUCGAAUUACUGGACGAUUUGAACGAUCAUUGGUGUGCUGUUCACCAUAAGAAAGAACGCAACUGGCUGAUGGGAGAAUUGACAAAAUUCGCCGGGACACACGGUGUCAGAAUCACCAUUCUUUCCGGUGACGUUCACCUUGGCUGUCUUUCACGAAUGAUGACGAAAAUGCACAAACACCACAUCUUCAGCAGCAGAAUAGACGAGAAUCGCAAGGAGAUCUUGGCGCAUCCAGAACACGAUCCAAGACUUAUCUUCAAUGUCAUUUCCUCUGCUAUUGUUAACACUCCGCCGCCUAAUGGCAUGGCAACCCUGCUUGAGAAGAGAUCCAAAAUUCACCACUUUGACUCUAGUUGUGACGAAGACGUCGUGGAUUUAUUUGUAAGGGACACGGAUGGCUCUGCCAGAGACAACUGCCUGUUUUUGAAUAAACGGAACUACGCAGAUCUUAUUCCGUUCAAGAAUAUCAAGAACACAGAGCGUUACAGCAAGUUCCGCCCAGGAGAUUUGAUCCAUCCAGGGCCAUCUGAUGCAUUAGAGAAAGCAGAAAGCAUUGGCGAUGGUAGCUACUCCCCCCAAAAGAUCGGCUAUCCUAUGGGUCCAGAUUCUCUCGUGACCACCUUCCAUUUCGAGGUCGACAUGAGGGACACAAACUCUCGAACUUAUGACUACGAGGUUUUGAUUCCUCGAUUGGAAGGGACUUACGAUUUGAGAGACGUCGGCCUCAAGUAG